GAAAAAUAUCAACAAAACAUCUGUGGUUUAUCAUCGUUAUAUUCAUUAUUAUCAUAUUAAAUUAUCGCUCUUCAUAGGUAACUCACCAUUUUCGUUACGCAAGUAAAGUAACGCAAUCAUUCAGCAUCUGAAAUCCUUCGAUACCGGGCAAUUGUACUUCUUAUAUGUACAAUUUACAUGUGUGAGAAAACAAAUUUUAACGAUGAAUAAUUUCAUAUUGCGACUACAAAACACUAAAAUAAUCUCAACAUCUAUUAGAAGUUUGUCUUUAUCAGCUUCUCUGAAUAAAAAUUAUUCAUGCAAACUGCUAGUGGUCGGAGGAGGAUCAGGAGGCUGUACUAUAGCUGCUAAAUUCGCCAAAAGACUUAAAAAAGAUUCUGUCAUUGUUUUGGAGCCUAGUACGAAACACUACUAUCAACCAUUGUUCACGCUGGUGGGUGCUGGUGUGAAGCCAGUGUCGGCUACGUGUAGGUCUGAAAAGAGCGUGCUACCGGCCGCCGCCAAAUGGAUUCGGGAUUCCGCGCAGAGUAUUGAUGCUGAUAACUGUCACGUCACCACAGUGAACGGUGACGUCAUCAACUACGAGUACAUUGUUAUCGCGGUCGGCUUGAACAAUGACUAUAGCAAGGUGCCUGGUCUAAGGGAGGCUCUGCAGGAUGAGAACAGUGGUGUGUCGACUAUAUUCGACGCGGCGUACUGUGAGAAGACAUGGCGCGAUAUGCAGAGGUUCAAGGGCGGUAACGCCAUCUUCACUUACCCCAACUCACCUAUCAAAUGCCCCGGUGCGCCGCAGAAGAUUGCCUACCUUGCUGAUUCAUAUUUCAAUAAGGUGAAUGUCCGUUCAAAAGCUAACAUAGUAUACAACACGUGCCUGCCGGUGAUAUUUGGUGUCAAGAAGUACGCAGAUGUUCUUCUUAAGGUUGUGGAGAGGAAGAACAUUCAGGUCAACUACAAGACUGUACUGAAGCAGCUCGACCACACCAAGAGAGAGGCGGUCUUCUACUGCACUGAGGAUACUACUAAGGAGUUAACAAUGCCAUACGACAUGUUGCACGUGGCGCCCCCAAUGCGCACGCCGGACUUUCUGAGCAACAGUCCUGGUAUAGUGGACUCGGCGGGCUUCCUCACUGUUGACAAGUACACGCUGCAGCACGAAAAGUAUCCGAAUAUGUACGGCAUCGGAGAUUGCACUAACACGCCUAACAGCAAGACUGCCGCAGCUAUCGCAAAACAAAGCUACGUGUUAGAACACAAUCUGCUGCAGACAAUGAAGAGGGACCAGCCCACGGAGCAGUACAACGGGUACGGCGCCUGCCCCCUCGUCACCUCCUACCACACCUGCAUCAUCGCAGAGUUCCUAUACGACGGUGUACCAAGAGAAACAUUACGUAGAUGCAAAGUUGUAAUAGUUGGAGGCGGUGCCGGCGGCUGCAGUAUAGCGUGGAGACUAGCACGACUAUUGAGAGGCAAAGAUAUCAUCGUUUUAGAGCCAUCUGAGGUUCAUUUCUACCAGCCAAUGUUUUCGCUUGUCGGAGCUGGUAUAAAGCCGUAUUCAGAUAGUCAUAGACCUGUGCAGACGUUAUUACCAGAGGAUGUGAUAUGGCUCAAAGAUCACGCAGAAGGAUUCGAUCCUAGCCUUAACGUGGUACACACGCGGUGGGGCAAGAAGGUUCAUUACGAAUUUAUGGUGCUAGCGGUCGGACUAAAAAAUGACUACGAUAAGAUUCCAGGUCUAGUGAAGGCAUUGGAUGAUCCCGAAAGUUGUGUCAAUUCGACGUAUAGUGCACAGUACUGCGAGAAGACGUGGCGCUGCGUGCGUAGCUUCGGCGGCGGCCACGCGCUCUUCACCUUCCCAAGACAGGUCGGCAAGUGCUCAGGGGCCGCGCUCAAGAUUAUGUUCCUCUCUGAUGAUUAUUGGAGACGGCAAAAACUAGAAGAGAGAACAAACAUAACAUUUGUGACGGGCAGUAACGUACUGUUCGGGGUACAGAAGUACUCUGCGGCGCUCAACAAAAUAACAGCCGACAAGAAUAUAGCUGUCAAUCGGAGCUUAGAUUUAAUGGAGCUUAACAAAACAGGCGCUACUUUCAUCACUGAUAAUGGACAGUGCAUAACGUUGCCAUACAAUUUCUUACACGUGACCCCUCCCAUGUCUCCACCCAACUGUCUGACUGCGAGCCCACAGCUGAUCGCUGACGAGGGCUAUCUAAACGUCGACAAGUACACCCUGCAGCACAAGUUGUACCCCAAUAUUUACGGUGUAGGAGACUGUAUCAAUACGACAAAUAGUAAAACUGCAGCCGCUGUUGCACGUCAAAGUUACGUAGUGGCACGUAAUUUGUUAAAAACGAUGGAGGGUAAGCCUCCUGUUGUUAAAUACGAAGGGUACGGCGCUUGUCCCGUGAUGACGUCAUACGUUAGGGGCAUACUCGCCGAAUCUGUUUAUGACAAGAAACCUUGCGAGACGUUCCCAUUUGAUCAAAGCAAUGAACACAAACUUAUCGGUUUUUUAACUAAGACAUACCUACCAUAUUUGUAUUGGAACAAAUUAAUAAAAGGAAAGUGGAAUGGACCUUUAACGUUGCGCAAAAUAAUCAACCCUUUAAGAAAAUAAACAAAAAU